UCCCAAUUUCGCGUGUGGAGUCUUCGUUUAACAUUCAGCAAGCGCGGUUCGAUCGAGAUAACAAUUUACGUGAUUUGUUUAAUAGUUUCUCGGCUGUUCGUAAACAUGACGCAGACUUACAUGCAGUAUCUGAACAACUUAAUAUACAAAUCGGUCGUAUGGACCGGCCAGUUGAUCUACAUAUGGGCACUGUGGACUUGGCAAGUGACGACUGACAUAGUCAACAGGAUAAUUGAAAUGACCAUUCUAUGCACGCUCGCGAUUUACUACAUAACAGAGGCGGUGAUCUUGACUUUCACACCGUCGUUCCUGCGAGCACAGAAGAGCCUGAAGGGAAAAGUGGUACUUGUUACUGGUGGUGCUGGCGGUGUCGGUCAAGAGCUGGCCUUGAGAUUGGCCAGGUGCAAAGCGAGAGUUGUUGUUUGGGAUAACAAUGAGAAAGCAAUGGAGAAAGUGAGAGAUAAAAUCGAGGCUGAUGGUUUUAAAAUCUACACUUACCUGGUAGAUGUAUCCGAUAGAGAAGACGUAUAUAAGGCGGCAGAUCAAGUAAAAGCAGAUUUGGGUCCGAUAGACAUUCUUAUUAAUAACGCCGGAGUGGUUUGCGGACAACCACUUCUGGACAUUCCCGACUAUAUGAUUGAGAAGACGUACAAAGUUAACAUUCUUUCCCAUUAUUGGACUGUAAAAGCAUUUCUUCCUGACAUGAUGAAGAAAAGGAAGGGACAUAUUGUAACAGUUGGCAGUUUAACGGGAAUGCUGGGAACUUACAAAUGCACUGACUAUGCGGCUACUAAACACGCCACGAUUGGUUUUCAUGAAAGUUUAUUGGUUGAACUAAAGACUCAUGGAUAUGAUAGGAUUAAUAUGACACUAGUCUGUCCCUACUUCAUCAACACAGGCAUGUUUGACGGCUGCAAACCAAGAAACAUGAGCAUGUUGGAACCGAAAGACGUGGCUAAAAGAAUAAUCACAGCCAUUCGCCGCGAAGAAGUAUUUGUCACUAUGCCUUCCUUCUCACGAUUCAUCUUGCCACUUAAAAAUUAUGUUCCGGCCAAAUUGGGCUGGGCGUUCAUGUACAGGGUAAUACAAGGACCCCAAUCCAUGAUGGGAAUGCGCAACUUCCAUGAAGUAGAAGCUGCUUGAUUUAUUUGUUGUGAAUAUUUAUUAUGAAUUUAGCAUGCUGUAGAUGAUUCAGAGAGAAUGAU